GACGUUAUGGCUAUUUGGGGAUAAUCCCGGUGGCUGAGCCCAAUCCAUGGCUCGUGGGAAUGGGACCCUACACUGUGGCCUCUUCUUUAUCUUUCUAUGGAUCUACGCCCCUGUGCCCGGUUGUACCGAACCCACAACCCCAGUUACCCACACAUUCAGCACAAGCCUGGCCCUGUCCCAUAUGAAAACUGGCACGUAUGCCAAUGUGGGGUCCAAUGUGACUGGCAUCAAGCAGAAACCUCAUGUAAAAAAAUCUAGGAUUAGGACUAGGACUACUGUGGCACCAGCAGCUCAGACUGAGACUGGCAUUAAUGUGGCACCGGCGGCUCAGACUGAGACUGGCAUUCCUGUGGCACUGGCAGCUCAGACUGGGACUGGCAUUCCUGUGGCACCGGUGGCUCAGACUGGGACUGGCAUCCCUUUGGCACCGGCGGCUCAGACUGGGACUGGCAUCCCUUUGGCACCGGCGGCUCAGACUGGGACUGGCAUUCCUGUGGCACCGUCGGCUCAGACUGAGACUGGCAUUCCUGUGGCACCGUCGGCUCAGACUGGGACUGGCAUUCCUGUGGCACCGUCGGCUCAGACUGAGACUGGCAUUCCUGUGGCACCGGCCGCUCAGACUGGGACUGGCAUUCCUGUGGCACCGUCGGCUCAGACUGAGACUGGCAUUCCUGUGGCACCGGCCGCUCAGACUGAGACUGGCAUUCCUGUGGCACCGGCCGCUCAGACUGGGACUGGCAUUCCUGUGGCACCGGCCGCUCAGACUGGGACUGGUGUUCAGGGAGCAACAAUGGCUGCGAUUGGUCGCCUUGUGGCCAAAAACAUUGCAAUCCGCGGGAUGGCUGCUGCCAAACCCGACACUGGUACCACUGUGGCAACUGCCACAGCAACUGGGUAUGAUAAUGGCACCAAGCAAAUAGUAAUUACUGGCCGUGGCCCUACUGGUGCCAGUACAAGAGGAACCGAUCCGGUUAUUAGGGCCCAAAGUGCAGAAGAUCAAAAUGACAUAGAACCUAAUGUAGUAACUCCUCCUGGUCUCAACAAGGGAACUGGUGCCAACAAUAAUUUGGGUGGAUCAGGAGAGGGAGGAUCUACUACUGUGACAACCCCUACUACCAUUGCUACUACUGCUACUACUGCUACUACUGCUACUACUACAAUUGCUGCUACCAUUUCUACAACUACCAUUGCUACUACUGCUGCUACUACUGCUGCUACUACCAUUGCUACUACUAAAGCAACAGAAGUCUCAGGUACAAACCUUUCCCAUAACAAAUACAACCUCUACUACCACUUUGCCAGUGAGCAGAAUAAUAACCAGUACAGCAACUAA